AUGGUGUCCGCCGAGUUGCUGUGGCAGUGCGUGAGGAAGACGAGCUGCUAUAUAAAGAAGUCUAAUGGGGUAGUGCUGACGAGCGAGCCUUUAAACUUGACACAAAAGAACACGCUUCGUCACUCAGGCUUAUGUCAUAAGCUGCCUGUCGGCAUAUCUUUGGUCGGAAACAGCGAAGCAGUUAGAGUAUCCCACAAGCUUAAGGGAGGCAGGAAGUUUCGAUAUCCUCGUCGGUGCGUGACGAGUAAGAAGUUCGCGAAGACGCACAGCAAGACAAAAGAGCUGCAGCAGCUGGUUGCUCAGCAGCGGCCCGACUUAGUGAAGAUUGCGAAGAAGAGGUUUCAUAAAAUGUGUAGAGUCUCACCUAAAGCCUCUCAGCAACAGGGGCAAUAA